AUGCCGCGCAAGGCCUCCUCCAACUCAGAUGCGCGGGCCAAGUGGCGGAAGCGGAAGCGCGCCGCCGCCAGCGCCUCCCCGUCCAAGCAGCCGGCCGACCACUCAGACGACUCCGACACCGCCGCGGCCGCGAACGGCGACGACGAGGCGUCCCGUGCCGCCUCCGCCAACGGGGGCGGAGGAACCCUAGCCGGCGGCGGCGGCGGCGAUGACGACCCCGUGCUCGACCUUCGUGCGGCGGAGGUGCUCUCCUCCUCCGCCGAGCCCGUCUCCGCUUUCCCCGCCGCCGUCCGCCGUGCCGUGGGCCGGCCUCACCCCUCGGUGCUGGCUGUCAUCGCUGCCGAGCGUGCGGCGGCCAGUUCCGACGGUGCUCCGGCCACCCCAGCCCCGGUACCCGUUCUCGAGAACAUUUCGAACGGGCAACUCCAGGUGGUCUCGGCGAUGCUGCCCGACCAUCCGUCCCUGUCCUACGACCCUGACAAGCCGUCCACGUAUGUCUGCACCCCACCUCCACUCAUGGAGGGAUGCGGAGUGCACAAACAGUUCUAUGGCAAACUUCACAUCGUGCCUAGGCAUUCAGAUUGGUUUGUGCCAACGACGGUGCACAGGUUGGAGAGGCAGGUUGUGCCACAGUACUUCUCUGGAAAAUCCCAGGGGCAGACAACAGAGAAGUACAUGAUGUUGAGGAAUAAGGUGAUUGCGAAAUAUUUGGAGCGACCUGGGAAAAGACUUGUGUUUGCUGAGUGCCAGGGGCUUGUCACAACCACACCUGAAUUGUAUGACCUGAGUAGGAUAGUUAGGUUCUUGGAAUCUUGGGGGAUCAUUAAUUACCUUGCAACAGGGUCAGUGCACCGUGGCCUGAGGAUGGCAGCAUCCCUCAUCAAGGAAGAGAUAACAGGGGAGCUUCAGCUGGUAUCUGCACCAAUGAAAUCAAUUGAUGGUUUGAUUUUGUUUGAUCGGCCCAAAUGCAGUAUCCGGGCAGAUGAUAUAUCUUCGUCGGUGUCAACUUCAUCUGCUCCAUUUGUGGCUAAUGGUGAUGCUGAUUCAGCAAAUUUGGAUGAGAAGACCUGGGAGCGCUUAUCAGAGAGUUCUUGUAGUUACUGCUCACAACCUUUACCCAGCUUGCACUAUGAGUCACAAAAGGAGGCAGACAUUGCUCUUUGUUCAGACUGCUUCCACAAUGCAAAAUUUGUUACUGGGCAUUCAAGCUUAGAUUUUCAGAGAGUGGAUGGGAUGAAAGAUGGAUCAGACACUGACGGGGACAGAUGGACUGAUCAGGAAACUUUGCUGUUGUUGGAGGGCAUAGAGAAGUUCAAUGAUAACUGGAAUCAUAUCUCAGGUCAUGUUGGGACAAAAUCAAAAGCACAAUGCAUUCACCAUUUUGUUCGUCUCCCGGUGGAAGAUGGUUUGUUAGAGAACAUUGAAGUGCCAGAAGCAUCCCUUCCAUCCAGAAUGCAAAGCAAUGGAUUUUUGCAUUCAGAUUCCGAUGGCAGUACUUCAGGUAGCCAACCUGGAAACCAGAUUCCAUUCAUUAAUUCUGCUAAUCCAGUCAUGUCACUGGUUGCAUUUUUGGCUGCUGAAGUAGGACCGAGAGUUGCAGCAUCCUGUGCAAGUGCAGCAUUAUCGGUUUUGACGAGGGAUGAUUCCAGGAUGCAUGCAGAAGGCAUUGGUGCUAUGGGUCACGCUACUCAUCUGAACUAUGGACCCUCAUCAUCCAUUUCUUCAGAAACUGUGAAAAAUGCUGCAAUCUGUGGCUUGUCAGCAGCAGCAACAAAGUCCAAGCUUUUUGCAGACCAGGAGGAGCGUGAAAUUCAGAGAUUAUCUGCCACUAUCAUAAAUCAUCAGUUAAAGAGACUGGAGUUGAAAUUGAAGCAGUUUGCGGAGGUUGAGACAAUGCUCUUGAAGGAAAGUGAGCGGUUAGAGGUGAUGAGGCAGCAGCUGGUAACUCAGCGUGUCCGGUUGUUAUCAACCCGGUUCACUUCCACAGGUGGUGCAAUUCCUGGAGGUAGCAGCAGUAUGGUUUCAAACCCAAUGAAUCAGGCCACCGGCCUUAGACCGCUGAUGAUGCCAGGCUCGGUGUCCCAGUCCAGCAUGCCGGCAAUGUAUGCAAAUAACAUGCAGGGGCAUCCCCAGAUGGCUCUGCUGCAACAGCGGCAACAGAUGCUCUCAUUCGGACCUCGCUUGCCUCUCUCGGCCAUCAACCCUGGCUCAUCCUUGUCGGCACCCAACAUGAUGUUCAACCCUGGCAUGCCCAACUCGGCAGCCCCUAAUCAUCACCCUUUGUUGAGAUCACCCUCAGGGAACAAUUCAAGUGUAGGUUAG